AUGCACAGUUUCACGAAUGGUAAUUAUGGUGGUCGCUACCGACACGGUUAUAAACAGAGGGAAUCACGAAGGGACGAUCCUCCUUUGGGCACCUAUAUUAUCCCAGUUUCGGCCUCCAAUGUUGACGAGUGUUGUCAUGAACCAGAUCAUCGCCAACGUAAUGGGAUCUCAGGACCAUCGCAGCAAGAGUACCAUUCUGCAGAGCCAAGAGUUAUGAACCACUCGAAUGGAAAACCAGCCACUAAAUUGGAGAUAAAGUCAAAGGAGUAUCGGACGCUGGAAAAACACGCUCCACUGGACAUCUGA